AUGACGGAGCUGGUCAGGAACCCGGACGUUCUUGCCAAGGCGCAGCAAGAGGUGCGCAGCGUCGUGGCGAACAAACACAUGGUCCUUGAGUCCGACCUCCCGCGCCUCCAUUACCUGAAGCUAGUCAUCAGGGAGUCCCUCCGGCUGCACCCGCCGGCGCCGCUCCUGCUGCCGCGGGAGACCACGGAGCCGUGCACGGUGCGCGGCCGCGAGGUGCCAGCCGCGACGCGGGUGCUCGUCAACGCGAAGGCAAUCGGCAUGGACCCCGACGCGUGGGGAUCCGACGCGGCGCGUUUCGUGCCCGAGCGGCACGAGGGCGAUGGCGCGGACCUCAACGACCACGAGCCGUGGCACGCCGACAGCUUCUCGCUGGUGCCGUUCGGGGUCGGCCGGCGGAGCUGCCCCGGCGUGCACUUCGCCACGGCCGUGGUGGAGCUGCUGCUCGCCAACCUGCUGCUCUGCUUUGACUGGCGUGCGCCGCAUAGGCAUGGCGAGGUGGAUGUUGAGGAGUAG